UUUUAACCGUUUUCUUCCCCUUCUUUUCCUGAAGGCUGACGAAAGAAUGUACAGUUGAAUUAGCUACUCAUCUCCGAUUUGCACGCACAGAACGACAGCGCUGCAUUACAAAAUGUCGUCAGCCACCGGCUCCGCCACGCCGCCACCUAAAUUCUCAUUAUCUUCCCCAACCAAACCCCGGAAUUCCAACUCCACCCUAUUAUUCCUCCCCACGAAACACAAGAAAUUCCUUAUCCGUUGCGAGCUCACGCGGGGUUUUGAGAACAAUUCUUCCAAGUGGACCGUUGACUGCGUCUCCGGCGCGGACCCAAUCCACAUUAUUCUCAAACCUCCGGCGAACUCCUUGCAAAUGACAUCUAUGGAGUCAAGUUUGAAGAAUUCCAAGCGAGUCUUUCUAUACUACUGUCAGGAGAUGAAGGCUCUUGCUGAACGAGUCGCCGCUCAAUCUGACGCCAUAGAACUCCGAAGCAUCACCUGGAAGACGUUUGAAGAUGGAUUUCCAAACUUAUACAUAUCUAAUGCCCAUGGCAUUCGUGGACAGCACGUAGCUUUCCUUGCUUCAUUUAGUUCUCCUGGAGUAAUUUUUGAGCAACUAUCUGUCAUCUAUGCUCUGCCAAAGCUCUUUGUUUCAUCAUUCACACUUGUGCUUCCUUUUUUUCCAACUGGCACAUCAGAGAGGAUGGAGGAGGAAGGAGAUGUUGCUACUGCGGUCACACUUGCUAGAUUCUUGUCAAACACUCCUAUUUCAAGAGGUGGACCGACAAGUUUAGUUGUUUUUGAUAUACAUGCCUUGCAGGAGAGAUUUUACUUUGGUGACAACAUUUUACCUUGCUUCGAAAGUGGGAUACCUUUGCUCUUGAAUAGGCUUCAACAGCUUCCUGAUUCUGACAAUAUAGCUAUAGCCUUCCCUGAUGAUGGAGCAUGGAAACGGUUUCACAAGCAGCUACAGCAUUUCCCUACGAUUAUUUGUGCUAAAGUUAGGGAAGGUGACCAGAGAAUCGUCCGCAUAAAGGAGGGCGAACCUAAUGGUCGUCAUGUUGUGAUUGUGGAUGAUCUUGUGCAAUCUGGUAGCACUUUGAUAGAGUGCCAGAAAGUGCUGGCAAAGCAUGGAGCCACAAAAAUAAGCGCCUAUGUGACCCAUGGCAUUUUCCCGAACAGGUCAUGGGAGCGAUUUGAUCAUGACAAAGGAGGCGAUCCUGAAAAUGGAAUGGCUUACUUUUGGAUAACGGAUUCAUGCCCACAGACCGUGAAAGAGGUGAAGAACAGAGCUCCAUUUGAAGUUCUUAGCUUAGCCGCUGUAAUUGCUUCCUCUCUUCAAAUUUAGUAGUGGCCAUUUGAAGCAUUUGGGAGCUGAGUUCCAUGAUUCCAUUUAUGUACUACCUUAUGAAUAAUAAUUCUAAUAAAUAAAGAAUCCUCUUUCUUUUUCCUUCUGUUUUUUGAGUAAAAAAUUUGAAGGGAUUCUGCAGCACUACGUGGAUGAGAUCACAUUAGCCGAAUGCUCUAUGAACAUCAAUUAUCAUGUUUAUAUUGUAAAUUCUUAAUAAUUGCCC